AUGGAUACUGAAAAAGUUGUUGAAUUAUUCAAAAAUUUUAUCGAACAAAAUAGAGAAAUUUUGAACCCAAUACCAGUACAGGAGGAAAAGAUCACACACACAAUUGUUGAAAAGAACUAUGAUUGGAAUAAUAUUGUUGAUAAUUAUGAAAUUAAUGAUACUAAUGAAAGAUUAGAAAGUAUCAAUGUGAAAGCGGAGGUCGACCAAGAACGACAAGGAUUAUUUGGCCAAUGUAACACUGUAUUUGAUCGAUCUAAAUUAAGGGAAAUGAUUCACACUGCAAAAGCCAAGAAUGAUAUUAAAGAAGUUAAGAAGUAUAUUAAAACCCACUUUAUGAAGCUUCAAAACGGAUCAAAACAUAUGAUGUGGUCACCAACUGAAAAUUGUUCUAACUAUCUUACCAAGCAAGAGAUUAUUGAUAAGCAUUUAAUCAAAGAUCUAAAGAAUAACAAAUUUUAUUUCUCUGCUUCAGAUUGGUUCUUUGAAGAAGAUGAUGAGUUUUAUAUUAGCGGUAUGAAUCCAAAUAAACCAUUGUAUUAUACUCAAAAUGGCGCAAAUAUGUUUAAUCUAUUUGCAGGAUAUAAGUGGACAGAUAGAAAUUCAUUUAAUGUUAAAAUGAAUGAACCAGAGUAUGCUGCCCGUAUGAAACUAUCAAUUGGCGUAAUUUUAAAUCAUAUCCGAAAGGUAUGGUGUAGUGAUAAUCAAGAUCAAUUUGAUUUCGUUAAGUAUUGGAUUACUAGUGUAAUUGCCGGAAGACGUCCAAAGCUUGCCAUCUACCUACAAUCUGGCCAAGGAACAGGUAAAUCAAUUAUCAUUGAUUUUAUUCGUGAUCAUGUUCUUGGUGAAUCAAUUGUAUUCCAAUCACAAGAUCCAUCAAUCGUACAACCAGGAUCAUUUAAUGGUCCGUUAGCGGGAAAGAUAUUAAUAUCGCUUGAAGAUCUUCCAACAAGUUCUGCAGGUGAAUGGAAUAAAACAAGUAACUCUAUUAAACAUUUGAUUACUGGUAGCAAUAUUGUGAUUAAUGAUAAGUUUAAAACCCAGGUAACAAUUGAUAAUCAUCUAUCAUUUAUUAUCACCAGUAAUACAUCAGCAAUUAAAAUUGAAGAUGAUGAUAGACGUUAUGCAAUUCUAGAUGUGUCUAAUAUUUUCAAGAAUAAUAAAGACUAUUUUGAAUGGUUGGCAGCAAAUCAUUUAACUUCUGCAGUUGGUGAAGCAUUCUAUUGGUGGUGUGUUGAUAAUGUAGAUCUUGUUAAACAAUUUAAUCGUGUACCAGAUACCCAAACCAAAACUGAUAUAAAAUCUGAUCAUCUUCGACCACCACUACAAUUUAUAAAAGAAAAUUUUGUGUUGCAAAAGAAUGCAUUAGAAAUGACACUAAAGGAAUUCUAUGAUAGACUUACGGAAUACUGUACCAAUAAGAAAAUAUCAUGUCCAACAAAACCACAAACAAAAAAGAUCUUGGGCGAGUAUGGUAUUGAAACCAAAGAGAUGUGUCGUGGAGGUGUUAGCGGAAAGAAUAAUUGGUUUGUUUACACACACGAUCAAUUGCUUCAAAUCUAUAAAGUUAAUAACAUGAUUAGCAGAUUUGACACCUAUGAAGAUCUAUCAUUUGGAGAGUUACAAAAAAUUAAAAUGUUAGAAAAAGAAAAUGAAGAGUUAGAAAAAAGAAAAUGA